AUGGGAAGAAGGACAUUGAAUGAAGAAUCACUGGAGGAUAACCAAGGACAGAAGGUACAAUUUUUCGGAGUUUGCGUCAAAAAGAUUAAAACGAUAAUUUUCUGAAAGCUGUUUUAAUACUGAGAUUACUCUCUUGUGAACUUUUACUUGGUUGGAUUUUUUAUUCAACCGAAUUUUAAAGGAAUUGUUGAUAAAACGGAUGAAUUUUCAGGCUGAACCUCAACCAAUCCUGAGUGUUAAAGAUAUCUUCACGGAAGAGGAAUGCUCGAAAUUCUUCGAGAAAAAUCAGCCGGUACCUAUGAAAGUGCACUCGAACAAUGUGAGUUUUGACUUUGAAAUAAAUCAGAAAAGUAAAUUGAUCUUUUAUCAAGUUUAAGGAAAUUUAAAAACCAAGAAAUAUAUAAUUUUCAGCGCUUCAUAAUGAUGCAAAAUGGACAAAACGAGACUGAAGUGAAAUCCACCCGGAGCAGUCGUGAAGAAAGAGAGAAGCGACGGAAGUUUCACGAGCAAAAAUAUGCCAAGAAGCAGUUUGCGUAAGAUUUUCAUUUCUAAAAGAUCCCAAGACUUAAAUUUUUGCAGUUUGAAAUGAUUUUUUUCAGAUUCGAUCCAAGCCGAUAUGAGAAUCACUUUCUUGCUCAGCAAAAAGAACAGCAAAUGGUGCCGCAAAGUACGCAGUUUCCCCAGACUGGAAUCAUUGAACUUCCCGAGGAUUUGGUUGGUUUUUCUUUUUAUAUAUAAAUAUUAAUUUUUCCAAAAUAGAUAAAGUUGAAAAAGAAAAAAAUUCUAAAUUUGAUCACACUAUAUUAAAUCAGUAAUUCAAUAAAAAGGUUGAAAUUUAUUUUUUUGUGACUUGACUUCUAAAGAUUUUUUUACAAUUUAUAAGUUUUUUUACAUCAUGUGUUUGUAAGCCAAAAAAAUCGUUGAAUGAAAAUUGGAAAAAUUUUUAAAAAAAUCAUUGAAACAGUAAAGUUCCUCUCAUUUUUUUCUUUUUAAAUUUGAUCCAUGCAAACUAGCUAUUUUUUUACUUUUUUUAAGGAACCUUGAUUUUUUUAAAACCUCUUAAAUCCCGUGAAAUCUUCAGAGCUCUUUCAUAUAGCCCUCCAAAAUAGGUUUUGAAAAUUUCAUAGAAAAAAAUUACUUGGACAAUUUUUUUGUCCAGGUAUUUCUUGCAGAAGAAAAAAAAUACUUUCCUUAUUUUUUCUCGAUUUUUUUACUUUCAUUGUUUGUACGAUUUACAACCAAACUUUAGAAUUAUUUUGGCAUUAUCAAUAAAAAUUUGGAAGUCGCGCGUAAAAGUUACUACAUCGUUGUAGGGCAUAAUUUUUCUAGCGGCUUUCGAAAUUCCAAGUCUUGCGUAUUUCGCGAAAUCUUUUCGAACGAAAGAAAAUUUUUUUUCAAAUUGCCGAAACAACAAAAAAAGCGAAAUAAUUGAAUCAAAGUUUUAUUUUUCUGUUAUUACCUGAAUUUCGAAACACACGUCAUAGACGGAAAAAGAAAGCUAAGUUUUAGAGAGUCAGAUAGUUUUGAAAUUCGGUUAAAUGACUUCAAACAAGACCAAAAUCGGUUGCAGAUGCCACAAAUGGUCGGUACCACGACCUUCGAAGACAUGAUAAUCCCGCACUUCGAAGCCCUCCAGCCGAUUCCCUUCGACGAAAAAGACACGUUUCCCAGGACCUCACAUCCAAUCAUUUCCUGUCCCUCGUCAUCCAGGGCGGUCGAAGACGUCCAAGAGUUCUUCAACGAUCAGACUACGGGCGUCCUUCAUCCGAUCUUCGGCGAGAAGGACGAUCUGAUCGUUUUCGAUACCUCGAAGGUCGGCAAGUUCGAAGUGAAGCCCCGGGCCCUCACCUUGAUCGAACUCCCCAACACGAUCAAUACAACUCCCCUUGAUGAUGUCAAAGAUUUCUUCGUUCCCAAAGAAGUCAGCCCUUGUGUAUCUCCUUCCAUCGAAAACCAGGAUCUCAUUUGCUUCUAGUAUUUCUUUUUUGAUCUUCUGUUUAACAAUUUCUUGCACCUUCGUUGUAUUUAUCACGGAUAAUUUCCAUUUGGGCCAUAAUUGAAUUUAAAUUUGAAAUAACGAUCUGAUUAUCCAUUGCGACUUCAUCUCUUUCGAUCUCAAAUUUUCCAUAAUUUUUAUAGAAGAACCCAAGUAUUUGAAUCUCAUUAUUGUUAUUUUUCACGCUUUCUACAUUCAUUGUUACGUUCAAACUGCUUUAACUUGUAAUUAGUUGUUGUUUUUUGCAUUCAUAAUAAAUAGAAAAUUUUUUCCAGUGUAGAAAGUUAACGAAAGAAAAAAAGGAUGAAAUAUCGAAGCGAAACUAAAUGAAAAAAAGUUUCCAAAUUCGAAACAAAAAAAUUCGAGUUUGUCGAACACUUGCGCUCCAUAGACAAGUUUGCGAAUUUUUUUUUUGAAAUAAAAAUUUAUUUUCCAUUUCGAAUUCCGAAUAUUAAUUUGCUUAUCAUGCCGUGUUCAAAGUGAUUAGCGAAUUUCAAGACAGUUGUCAAAAAGGGAAAAGAAAUAACUAAAUUUUGGAGAGUCAGGGAUAAUUUUGAAUUUUUCAUUUCCACCAAUUCCUUCCCAUUUUACUUUAUCUGAUUGUUUUGCUCGUUUCUUAUACGGCAAAGUUAUUUUUCUAAUUAUCUUUAUCUUGUGAAUCGUUCAAAAACUUGAAAAUAAGAUCAUAGAAAGGCGUAUUUUUACAUUUCCUCGUCUAAAAUUAGUAUUUCCUUGAGGCGUUUUGAUAUUUGCUCCAUUGUCUUUCCUUUUUUGGGCAUCGUCCGUCUGUUAUUCCACGUUGGUUUACUCAGUAAUUAUGGGAGAAUGGAGCGGAGAAUAAUAGUGUAAGUGUCUGUGUGUCGUUUUUUUCAACGUUCUGUUGUUUUCUCUCCCCCUCGAAGGAAAAAAUGUUUUUUCUCGGCGUCAAAUGUCAAGAAAAAAACGUAAUAAUUUUUUUUUAUCGCUUCCAAUUCGCGGAUUUGUGUGUAUAGUUUUUCUUGGGAAGGCUUUUUCAGCAUGAAAAAAACAGGGGAUUUGUGGGGGAGUGUUCCGUUUUGUUUUUGAAUUUUUAAAAAGAUAACCGAUUUUUUUGGAAUAUUUUAAUAUGUUAUAAAAUUAUUUAUAAUUUAGAGUUUUUUUAUUUAAGAAAAUAAGGAAGAACAGAUAAAUAUGUAUUUGAAGUUUUAACGAAAGUAAAAAAAUUUGCAGAUUUGUACAGAUUUCGUUUAUAAUCCUUUUUUUACAGUGUAAAUACAAUAAUUUCAGCGGACUCCUGUGAUUUUUUAAGUUUCUAAUAAGGUUUUUUGAAUCAUCCUGAGAGCUCAUUUUUCAAAGAAUGAAAAACCGUUUUUUUAUUAUUUUUUUCUCGUGUGUCUCAGAACUAGGGCGAUGUGAACAAUGGUCCAGAAGAAGUUUCCAAAAAACAGAUUUGAGUCGAAAAUUCCAGUUUUUUCACAUUCAUAAAGCUGAUUUUUUCAAAAAAAAUCAAUAGCUCGUUUCAAAAAUCCAAUUAUUUGUAGAAUUCUCACCGCUCUCCGAAAGCCCAAACUCAAGAAAAAAAAUAAUAAAAACUCAAAUUUUCUCAGAUCCUCAAAAAGGCAAUAGAAUCCCCCCUGAAACAUAAUACAUAAUCGGGCCGAAGCUUCUUCUGACCAAGGUAGCCCCGCCUCCUUUUUCAGACGGCCACGCCCACUUCUCGAGCUCUUUCCACGGGCUCCGCCGUGCUCGCCGAGGCCGCCUCUUCUCGUACCGGAAGUCGCCUAAGUGGAUUAGCGACAGCUAUCCUCACUUCUCGAGUCCCGAGCUCCGGAGAGCCCAUGAGCAGCUGA